AUGAGUGAUGGAUUUCUACAGCUGGUUACAGAGGGGAAUCAAAAUUUGUACAAACUGCCUAAUGAGAGUUUAAAGUUUUUGAAACAAAAACAUUCCAUAGCCGAAUGCUUUCUACGAGCAUGUUUCCGUCAGAUUAUUAACAUCGAUGAAGACAACGAUUUCCCUUUACCAUUAACCAGGAAAUGCAGCAGUUGUCGCCGAAAGCUGGAAAAGGUAAGAAAUGCAGAGAUGUCUCGAUCAGCACAAACACCAACCGCGAACACGGAUAAAGCAGAAGCAACACAAAAAGAUUGUACUAAUACUUCAAGCAUUUCCGAAUCGGAUUCUACUAUUUCCUCCAUACACCGCAGAAACAAUAUUCCUGCAGAACAAGACAAAUACCAGACAACGGACUUUACACCAAACAUGAUGAGGCAAUUUCAUCCAGAAGCCCAGUCUUCGAAGUUUGCCGAAAAUUUGCAAAUGACAAGAUCCGCUGGUAACAUGUACAUAUCAAGUGUUUGUAUUGGUACAACUUCAAACAAUAUUGCUAUACAGAAAAUUAAAAAAGAAAAACCAGCUAAAUUUGUGAUAUCUAUAAAAGAAUCAGGUCUUAAAUUUGUAAAGAGCUGUCAAAAUUUUAUCAAAAAUCCCCAUGAAAGAAAUUCGUAAAAUACACUUAAUUAAAAUUCACAGAUUAGAGAAAACAUGAUGAUUAACAAUCAUUGAAUAUUACUAUAAAGCUUCAGUCGAAUAUUUUACUGAAACCGGUGAUAAUCACUUUUUGAGAACUUUGUCAUUUUUCCAAAUGGUCUCGAUGAAAUCCUUCUGUUACCAUAUUUCUGUUGAAAUACACACUAUAUUUGUAUCAGUUAAUAAUGAAGGAUUUAGUAAAAUAACUUUAUCAUUAAGCUGGUGUUUGGAAAAACAAAUUAAUACAUUUUUAUGGAAGAUUUGAAUUUCGAUCACUUUGAAACAGAAGUGCAAAGAACCAAGUGCAAUUUGAAGAUGUCUUCUACAAGCUGAAAUGAUUCCACAAAAGAGUAACCAAGUCAUCUUCGCAUAUUUUGCAUUCUCAGAACCAUUAUGGAGAAUACUACUAAUUUGGAAAUUGACUAAAACAAAUCUUGUAUUAGGAAGUUACGAAAUGAAGAAAUAACGAACUUAAAUGGAAUAACUGAAAGAAAUGUUGGCUUUGGAGCGAUUUAUUUUCCGUAUAUAAAAUACAUUGCAUGCAUCCACAUUAAAAACAUAUCGCAUACACAUGAAGAUAUAUACUACAAGCCAUAAAGGACAGAGGCAUCAUGGGUAAAAGUAACAAACUGAUAAUACAUAUAUUCUCAGAACGUUAUAUAGCAUAUGAUAUCAGCUUCUUCAUUGAUGAUAAAUGUUGAUUUUUUUUUCCUGUGACGCAAGAUCGCACUUUCAAUAAUGUAUUUACUACUAAAAGAAACACGCCAGGAAUAUUAAAGCAAACUGUAAAUGCGACGGCGGUCAUGUAUAAAACUGCAAACCAUUUUUAUUUUUCAAUAACUCCAGAAAGAAAACUGUGGAUUUGUUACAUUCGUAUUUAGACACACAAGCAUUUAACUAUAUAUACUUAA